AAUUCUUUCUUUUUCCUCUGAAAAUUUUGUUUCAAACUUCAAUCAAGUGAGACUUGUGCUUAGAAUGUCGGCCAAACAUCGCAUGCUCUUGGUGAAUAGAGGUAACUUUUCCACGUACCAGUAGUGUCCGAAUAUUUUCAACGGGCGGGAUUUUUUACAAGAACAGCAUUACAAUUUCAUGGAAAUUCACCGGUUAAAACUAUUUUUGGAAGUGCUUCCAUAUCUGAUAUUGAGCAGUAUAAGUUACUUCACAAAUGUGCCCGAGUCGGUGAUUUUAGACAAAAGUACACAAUAUUUUACCUAUACCAAAGUACAAUAGAAGACGAACCUAUAGAAGUAGAGGAGAAAGAAGGGGAGAAUGAAGAGGUUGCAGUAGAAUAAGAACGUGGAUGACUACAAGAAGAGGAAAGGAGAACAAGAACGAAAAACGGGAAAAGGACAACGAAACAGAUUCAGAAAGGCCAGAGAAAGGAAGAGAGAGAGAGAGCAAGAAAUAAACUUAUCCAUACUACUAAUUGCAUGUCAAUUGGUAGGUGUUGAGGUCGAAUGAUACGCUGGUACUGAGAAAAAAUAACAACAAUGAAAGACAGGGUUCUGAGUGCCGAAUGGACCGGGUUUACUGCAAGCGAUGGCUAUCUCAAUGUGGGGACCACGUUCAUUCUGGGUAUCGUCCUCAUCAUCGUCCUACUCGUAAAGAACGCGAGGAGACCACAUCGCUUUCCACCCGGACCCCCAGGCCUUCCGAUCAUCGGAAAUGUUUUCGACUUGACAGCGACCAGCGAAGUAUUAUUCGACAAAUGGUCCAAGGUCUAUGGCGAUGUCUUUAGCUUCCGGGUCGGGGACCGAUGGGUCGUGGUUUUGAAUCAUCAGGAGGUCAUCAAGGAAGCCAUGUUGAAGUACGACGUCGAGUUCAGUGGCAGACCUCAGUUUUAUUCCGCGGAAAUUGCUUCUGACGGGUUCAAAGACAUCGUCUUCAGCAAUUACUCGGAUACCUGGAAACUUCAUCGCAAGUUGGCCCAUUCAGCUUUCAGAAAAUUUGCCACAGGACACAAGUUAGAUGAGUUGGUGCACGGUGUCAUUCCUCAAGUACAACAAAUGUUGAAAGAGAACAUUGGAAAGCCGUUUGAUCCUAAGCUUAUGAUCACCCUAACCCUCUACAACGUCUUUUCCAAAAUGUGCUUCAGUGAAAGUUAUGACUUCAGCGAUCCUAGGAUGCUGGGAUACAUCACCAUGUCACAGGAGUUAGCUGAAAAGGUCGGAUUUGGUCUGGUUGCGGACUACUUUCCAUGGGCCAGGUUCCUGUCUUACAAUGGUGCCAGCUACAUCCAGAGAAUGAAGCAGAAGUACAUGGAAUGGACCUCACCCCAGCUGCAACGCCACCGUGAGACGUUGGACCCAAAUGAAGCGCGUGAUUUCUGUGACUUGAUGCUUCUCGCUCAAAUGGAAGCGAUGGACAGCGAAGAAGAUCGGAAAAUAUCCCAGAAUCUAUCGGACAUCCAUUUGAAACAAACAGUCAACGAUAUCUUCUUGGCUGGAAUCGAGACAUCGAUGCAGAGGCUCUACUGGGCCAUCGCUCUAAUGACGGAGUACCCCGACGUCCAGGCCAAGAUCCAGGGCGAGAUUGAAGUCGAGAUCGGACGUGGUCGUCAUCCCGUCAUCAAAGACCGCGGUAACCUGCCGUACACGGAGGCGACGCUGUACGAGAUGAUCAGGUAUAGCACCGUGGGCCCAGUAGGCGUACCUCAUGCAACCAUGGUCGAUACCAAGUUCCGUGGAUAUCUCAUACCCAAAGGCACCACUGUUCUUCUAAACCAAUACUCAAUGCACUUCGAUGAAAGAGAAUGGACAGACCCUCAUUCUUUCCGACCGGAGCACUUUCUGGAUGAGAGCGGUACUACCCGGCUACAUCCAUCCAGCUUUCAACCGUUCGGUACUGGUCGUCGGAGCUGCCUCGGGGAAGCCGUGGCCAAAGCAGAUCUCUUCCUCAUCUUCACCUGGCUUCUGCAGAACUACACCUUUCGAAAGGUUCCGGAAUAUUCCGAGGAGAACCUGCUGAAGCUCCUUCCUGAGACAGCCGCAGGGCGUGUCCUUCAGAAUUACAAGAUCCUCAUCGAGGAGAGAUAAGACCUAAAGCUAGUCACUAUGAUGAGGUGUCCAAAGUUCGCGCACAUUUAAGCGGGACUGCACUAUACUUGUAACUACUUGCGCCCUCUAUAUAGCAAACAAUGCAUAAGCGGUACCCGUUGGUUCUCCAUGAUCCCCUUUUUCAUAAUUUAUGUUGAUUGAGAGCUGAUUUGAUGAGAUAACCAUCUGUCAGUGACCUUGCAGGGAGGUAUAAUCCCUCCUGGCCAAAAUAGUGCAGACAGGGUUAAACAAAUAUCUAGAAAGUGAUAUUCGAACCAUGAUUUCUCAUCUUCUACAGAAAUGUAUGUAGAACAAUCACAACCAAAUGGAUGGCAGCAAUUUUAGACUACAGUUGGUAGAAAUUUAUCGGCAAAAGAAUUCCUGCAAUAUAGCGAUCUCAAAAUUCGAUGUAGGAUUGGAAUGCACUCCAAUUGAAGAAAAAGUCAAUGAGUUGAUAAAAAUAAUGAAUCCUUAACUCGUGCUCGAGAACCCCCCCCCCCCCCCAAUUCAAAGGUAUUAUGAUGUUAUAAAUUAUUGCAAAGGAAAAUUAUCAUACAAUCCGUUGUCAUCACGUUUUACAACAAAAAAGAUGAUUGCAUCUUCUCUCAAAAUAAAGAUUUCCUGAAUCCCAUUGGUAACUUAAUAUUUUUUUGUGGUCAAUAUUUUCAAAAUUUCGCACCAGAUUACGAGGAAAAUGUUGUCAGUAGGUCAUUUUAUGUUGGUGUUCAUUGGCGGUAUCACAUAUUCAAAAUCUUCAAUACCGAUCUUCUGAGGUUAUGCGCGAACUAUAUGGUCACAUACUCCAUGCUUUGCCAAUAGCACCCGAGUUUGUUAUGAUGCUUUCAUUAGUAAUCAAGCUCGGCGAAAAUAAGUCAGUUAGAAAUUUAGGUCCAUCUUCCUAUUCUCGACAGCAUGUAGGCCUAAAGCCUUGUUCAGAUAUGACGCGGCAAACCGUUUCGGUAAACCGUUUCGGUAAACCGUUUCGGUAAACCGCUUCGGUAAACCGCGGUGGUAGACCGCGGCGGUUUUGUUUUCUUUUAUUAUUACAGUGAGUUUAGUGUAAUACGUUUCACUCUCCUGUAUUUGUCAUUGUCAUUGCACUAUGUAUAGGCCUCACAAAAAACUUUAAUAAACGCCGCGGUUUACCGCGUCAUUCCUGAACGAACCUUAAAUGAUAUAAAAAACCUUAAUGAUAUUUUAUAUUGGUGCCAAGACAAGAUUGUCAAUGCAAAAUUUGUUUUUGAAUUCAAACUAAAAUAUGUCAUAAGUUAUAUCAAAACGAAAUUCAUCAGAUAACUGUGAUGUAAUUAAUUAUUUAGCAAAUACAACUCAAAGUCUUUUGUUUAAACAUUCCAAUUUUGUUUUAAUUUGUUUUGCCAUAUUAGCAAUGUUUUUACUAUAUUCGAUGGUUAUCUGAUUUAUGCCUUUUACUUGUGGGAAAUUUAUUUGAUUUGAUCUUGCUUUUAAUUCGU